UUCUGCACCCUGCCACUGCACACACGGAAGCGUGAAUAUCGUUCUCCCGACCCCAUGCUUAUGAAGAGGGGCGCCAACUCCUUCGCUGCGAGCCUCAUCACCGCUCGGGCCGCGUGGGGGAUCAGCAUCUGGAAGCCUUCUGGACCACUUCUCGCUCAUAGACAUAGCGGAAGCCAAGUCUUUGGUCACACCAGCGAAUGGUCUACAUUGAGCCAGACGCUUCUACAACUGUCUGCGCUCCAUCUUUCCGUUCGCUUUCACCAGGUCAUCGUCCACCCAGGGCAACAAGCAACUUGCCACAGAAACCUCAGCCUCAGCGAAGUCGUCGACAUCACCAGCAUCCAUGGACAUUCUCAAGAUCCAGGGCACGAUCCUCACUCCCGACUCUGGAGAGGCGUACACUGCGGCUCUUAAGCGGAAUUCGGAUCUAUCCUCGCUCCCCGCCAAGUACGUCGUGCAACCCGCCGUGUACGAAGACAUUCCCCCUGUUCUCGCGUACGCGACUUCGCAAACCCCUCCUAUUGAGAUCGCCGUGAAGGGUGGCGGUGCUCAUUCGUCCACCUGGGCGAGCUCUGACGGAGGCAUCGUCAUCGACCUCAGCAAGCUGAACAAGGUGACCCUCGCGGAGGACAAGCAGUCCAUCACCGUCCAAGGCGGCGCGUACUGGGGUGAUGUGUAUGAAGUCACCUCCAAGGCUAAGGUGGACGUUGUAGGUUCUCCACUCUGGUUCGUCGGUGUCGGGGGCUUCACUUUGGGUGGCGGAUUUGGCCCUCUCACGGCUGAGCAUGGCACCGCCGUCGACAACCUCAUCUCGGCUACCGUGGUUCUCGCCGACGGUCGUAUCGUGAGAGCAAGUCACAAUGAGGAGCCGGAUCUCUUUUGGGCUAUCCGCGGUAGGUUUCAAACCUUGCAUAGCAUCUGCCCCCGGCUCACUGCGCCUUCUUGUUAGGCGGCGGUGGGCAGUUCGGGAUCGUCGUGGAAUUCGUCUUCAGGACCCAUCCUCCCGCGGGUCCGAUAUCGUCCGGGAUCCUCGCAUUCCCCGGUACUGAAAUCGACAAGAUCCUUGCCAUCAUCCCAGAAUGGAAGAAGACGCAGACGCCGAGGGAGCGUUUCACGAUGAAUUUUUCGCGCCCUGCCCCUCACUUCAAGCCAUCGAUUGUGAUCCUACCCACAGUGCUUCACGACGCGGACGGAUCGCGCGCGCAGGCUGUCCUUGCGCCCUUCCGCGACGGCGAAGUGAAGCCCGUCCUCGACAAGGUCGGGACAGUUCCCGACAUGCUUACUGCUUCGCACGCGGCGGAUGCCUCCUUGGCGACGGCCCCGCGGCGACUCGCCAUCCGUGGCACGAUGUUCUCGGACUUCUUCCCCGAACUCCUGAAGACUGUCUGGGAUAGAUGGGUGGCGUUCACCGAGACCAGCGAAGAGGUCCGCGGGUCUGCAGUCCUCUGGGACUUGACUGUCCCCGACAAGAUGGCGGAAGUCCCGUCCGACGCCACCGCGCUCAAGCGCAUGCCAUACUACUGGAUGGCUGUGCAAGGAAGGUCCACAACAGAUGCGUCUGUACAGGCGUGCAAGGAGUUCACGGAGUCCAUCGUGGAGCUCGUGCGCAAGAAGAACGCGGAGUUGUCCGGCAAGGAUAUCGGCUGGUUCCUCAAUAUGUGCCAAGGCCACGAGAUGCCGGAGGACGUCUUCGGGGACAAUUACGCACGGCUGCGCAAAGUUAAGGCCAAGUACGACCCCAAGAAGGUCUGGAGCAAGGGCAUCGUCAUCGAGCCCUUGGUGAACUGAACUGCCGAGUCCUCAAGCCUAGACGUAUGUCUUCUUCUCGUCUUCCCGCACCCCGUCGGAACCUGGGCUUGUUUGAAGUGUCAUCCCAUUUGUACAGUAAAGGAUCCUUAGCUCUCAUGGCUUCUCCGCUGAAUCUGUUGCUCCGGUUCUCAUGGAUGAUUGGGUGAUCGUACUCAUCACGAUGCCAUCUACUCUUCGGGACCUUGAACCUGCUUGGGAUCUCCUUCUGUUAUCAGCCAUCCUCGAAGACCACGCUUGUCGUCUGGUGAGACACAAGGGUGCCACCUCUGGCCUCUUGCAGCCUGCUCGCAGACACGCCAGCAGAUGUUCAGGCGAUCUAUGGACGCCGCUGUGCCCGAGAUCAGCUAGCGCUCUGCAUCAAAGUUUGUGAUUCAUACAAAGCCCCGGUGCCAGCGGACUCCCAAGUGCUCCACGGCUUCUCCUCACAAAUUGCCAUCCGAGCCUGUGCGGGAUGUCAGCGGGCUACCACGAGGACACCAUGUAUUCUCACCACUAAGUGAGCGCAUCUUCGCGUCUUCGGUGGCGGCGUUGUGGCGGCUACGCAGCGACUGUCAAUCCGCCCACUUGGUCGCUGUCCCAUGGUGCUGUCUCAUGUCAACUUACACAGGGGCUGAUUCGCUGUUAUGAUCUCCAGCUCGUGCUACAGUUCCUGGCGAAGCUUUGCGUCAAAUGCCAUGUCGUUCUGUUAUGUGACACUGGCGGAGCUAUCGUCGCCGAAGAUCUUGGCGUUUGCGCUCAGGCCCCGUACGCAGCGGUGUGCCGUAAUCGCCUAUAUAGUGAUGAGUUGUGAAUGCCGAGUUGUUGUCAGAUAUCUUGACGUCGCUUAGGACUCGGCUCAGGCUACGACUCACCGGCCGGGUAGCUGACUCGUAUCCCAUCGCAAUCUACCUCCGCUCCUUUCUUCACCUUCGUACCACCUACAUACGUCUACGGCAGCAGCACCAGCGGAAGCGUUGUCCUUACGAUGCCUAUGCUAAUCGACGUCGCUGAGCUCGCCGGCCUUGCGGCUGAGGGCGCCUUAUACGGUGUCUUCGUCUGUCUGUUCUGCGUGUGCAGCUAUGACCUCGUACGGCGUCGUGCGCGAUAUGGCUCACAGCUUAGCUGGCCGAUGAUCACUGCUGGCGUCCUACUCAUUCUCCUCGCUACGGCACGGUUCGCAGUCGAUACUUCGAACGUAUUCGUCGCGUUUAUCCACCAUGAUCCUCGCUCGGCGCGCAUAGCGUAUCUGGCGGAUGUCACUCGGCCGCUUUUCACGACCAAGCACAGUAUACUUAUCGCCGUCUUGCUUGUUGGGGACUCUUUCGUGAACUAUCGGUGUUGGGUGGUCUGGGGAAAGACUUUAUGGGUUAUAAUCCUACCCGUCAUCCUAUCCCUUAUUAGCGCAGUCUCGGGUUCAUACACAAUGUGGGCGUAUAGCAAUCUCCCCAACCAAACGGUGCUUUCCGAAGCGACAUGGUUGAAGGCAUUCUUCUCUCUCAGUCUGGUUGCAAACGCGAUCGCUACGUCCCUGCUUGCAUUCCGCAUCUGGUAUGUCGAUCGGCAGAUGGCACGGGUCACGGCGGAGCGGGCGCAAGGCUCAAGCCUCACCCCUAUCGUCCGCAUCAUCUUGGAGAGUGGCAUGAUCAACGCGGCGUACCUCUUCGUUUAUGUGAUGACCCUCAACUUCGGCUCACAAGGCCUAGAGAUCAUGUCUGAAAUGGCAACCCCGUUGACUGGCAUCAUCUUCUCAAUUGUCAUUCUCCGUGUCGGCCAUCAGCGGCACGACGACAACUAUUACACCCAGCAUCCAAGUCGCACAAUGACAUGGAAUAUCGCGAGGAAGUCGGAGACAAGAGUCACGGGCCUGACAGGUACCACUAUGACUGCGCUGACUGGGGCUGACUCGAACAUCGAGGUUUAUGUCCACGGAAAUACCACAUCGAAGGUCGACGAUGAGACUGAGCUGCACUCGAUCAGCACCGCGGCGGCUGUGUAACAUUACAGCCAGAAUCAGGGGGCGUUAUGCCUCGGAUGGGGGCAUCAGAGGCUAUCUCACGUGCAUGUAUGUCUUACACAAUUGCUGUAUAGUAGUCAUCAUAUCUACACUACUUGCAGAAGCGC